GGUGAACAAGUAUUUAUGGAAUUAUAAUAAAACAUAUAAAUAUCAAAAUGAUGCUAAAAUAGAGAAGUAACAACUGCUACAAUGUUCAUUUGUCACAAAAGAAAUCUUGUUCACUCAUUUUUGACCCCAACAGUGUGUGUUUUUUUAGGUUCCAAGGUCCUUAAAAAUUCUAAUUACGGAAAAGGAAAAAAAGAAAAAAAAAAAGAGGGUAGAAAAGCGCCGUCUAUCUGGAGAAUUUGUAAAGACAAGAGGAGGAGGUGAGAGUCUUCCGAAGAGACUGCGAAAACCCUAAUUUCGUUAGCGGAAGGGGUUUUAGGUUCUAUCUUCCACAACGAAGAUGCAUCACUCAACCGACGACGAUUCAGAGUUGGAAGUAAGACCUGUGCCCGUCCAACAAAGAGACGACUCUGCCUCCUCCUCCGACUCACGACCUCUCCACGAUCCCGACUCUGCUUCCGCCGUUUCUAGUCACACCAUCAGUAUCACCGUUUCCCAUGGCUCCUCCGACCACCAUCUCCAUGUUCCUGACCACGCCACUUUCGGUAUUUACAUGAGGGAUUUGAAGAAAGCCUUUGUUCUGGAAACUGUGUUGGAGGCUAGUGAUAUGAACAUCUUGUUCUGGGGAGAUGAGAAAGAUGAUGCUGAGCAACUGCAAGCUGCUGGUGUUACGGACGGGUCUAAUGUUGUCCUUGUGGAGGAACCUAAUAAUGGAGUGGACCAUGUUGAACCGCCUCCUGUGAUGACCGAAGAGAUUGCCAAGGCUAUUUCUGCUGUUCUAGCAGUCUCUGGAGAGGUCGAUGAGCUCUCGGAUAGGGUUGGUGCUUUAGAGGCUGCUGUCGAUGGAGGGACGAUAGUUGCGGUGAAGGAGUUUGACAUGGCUGCUGAGCUGCUCAUGAGGCAGUUGCUCAAAUUGGAUGGUAUCAAGGCAGAUGGGGAAGCUAGAGUACAGCGAAAGGCAGAGGUACGUAGGAUUCAAAAGUUGCAGGAGGAUGUGGAUACGUUGAAGGCAAGAUGUUACAGAGCCAAGCCGCAGCUGUAAGCACUGAGUGGGAUUCAUUCUGAAACGGUGUUGAACCCUCCGCCCGCCAGCUUUCGCCUUGUACCAAUGUAAACCCAAGAUUGGGAGAAAUUUGACUGACUUUUUUAUUAUUCUGUUACGUUGCAGAAAAAUAUAUUGCUUCGUUUUGUUAGUAUUAAACGAGGAAAUGACCAGAAAAAUAUGGGUUGUACCCUGGAAUUUGUAUGAACUUUUUGUAUCUCAAUCUGAAUAGCAAUACAUUUUUUUA